AUGAAUUUUUCAUCCGUCAACGAUACUGUAAUUAUAAUUGGGAAUCAGCGGGACAACUUCAGCACAGCUGUGACCAAGAAUGUCAUCAUCACAGCUCUCUGCAUCUCCAUCAACUACAUCAACGGUACUUUGGUGUACACUUUCAGAAAGCACCAGAUCUUCUACACAAACCCUCGCUACAUUCUGUUCAUCCACCUGGUGAUUAAUGACAUGACUCAGCUGGCCCUGUCGACCCUCCUCUUCAUCAUCAGCUACACCCUUCACACAAUCAGCGUGUCGCUCUGCCUCAUCCUGCUCAUCACCACCAUCCUCACCACCCUCAACACCCCGCUGAACCUGGCCAGCAUGGCGGUCGAGUGCUACGUCGCCAUCUGCAUCCCACUCCGUCACGGGCAGAUCUGCAUCGUCAGGAACACCUACAUCCUGAUCGGUAUGAUCUGGAUCGCGAGCGGGUUCUCCAUCCUGCCAGAUCUCUUCAUCCUGCUGGCCACGGAGCCGCUGCACUUCUUUCACUCUAAAGUUUUAUGCUCCAGAGAUUUUGUGUUCAGGAGCUCUUACAGCGUGAAGAAGAGGGACGCUUCGCACAUCGUUUGUCUCGUCCUGGUUUGGGUCACACUCUUCUACACCUACUUCAAGAUUCUCUUUGCUGCCAAGGAAGCGACUGUGGACAUUAGAAAAGCCAGAAACACUAUUCUUCUUCAUGGUUUUCAGCUGCUCUUAUGUAUGCUCACGUACGUCAGACCCAUGUUUGCACAGGGUCUGCUCUAUUUUUUCCCCAAAGAGUACCGGGCUAUACGCUUUGCCUGCUACAUCAUGAUCCAGAUCCUGCCACGGUUUGUUAGUCCCAUUGUCUACGGACUACGAGACCUGACCUUCAGGAGACACACGAGGAGGCACCUGCUCUGUAAAGUGAGCGUGAAGAACCACUCGGUAAAUGUCCCCAUCAAACACGAGGCCUAA